CUUCUCUUUUUCUCUUCUUUCAUUUUUCUUCUCUUCUUUCUGCAAAUUCCGUUCCAAAUUUUCUCUCCAUUUUUUUGCUUUUUGAAAUCUUAUAAAUCUCUUUCGCUUUGCAUUCCCCUCGGCACCUUCCUCAUCAUGGCGCCGAGCGUCCGAGACAUCCAGCUAACUCCCGCCGGUAAAACCUCCCUCGCCGCCGCCGCCGCCGCCGACGACUCCGGUGACCUCGAAGAUGUUCGCCUUCUCGAUUCCUACGAUAAGGACGACGUUGAAGCAGCAGCAACAACAUCAACGAAGCGGAUUCAGGUCAGAGUCACCGGCAUGACCUGUGCCGCAUGUUCCAACUCCGUCGAAUCCGCUCUCAUGUCCGUUGACGGCGUCGUUUCCGCUUCCGUCGCACUUCUCCAGAACCGCGCCGACGUCGUUUUCAAUCCGAGCCUCGUCAAGGAUGAAGACAUUAAGAAUGCGGUUGAAGAUGCAGGUUUCGAAGCCGAGGUUUUGCCGGAACCUCAACAAAGCGCGACUGGAACGAAGCCAAGUGGUGCUACUCUUGUAGGACAGUUCACCAUCACGGGGAUGACGUGUGCGGCGUGCGUGAACUCCGUGGAAGGGAUCCUCAAGGACCUCGGUGGUGUGAAGAAGGCUGUGGUGGCUUUGGCUACUUCGUUAGGUGAGGUUGAGUAUGAUCCAAAUGUGAUUAGCAAGGAUGAGAUCGUCCGUGCGAUUGAAGAUGCUGGGUUCGAGGCUUCGUUUGUGCAGAGCAAUGAGCAGGACAAGGUGGUGCUAGGUGUUGUUGGUGUGUACAGUUUGGGUGAUGCUCAGGUUCUGGAAGGUAUGCUGAGUGGGAUGAAAGGUGUGAGGCAGUUCCGAUUCAACAUCGUGUCGAAUGAGUUGGAUGUUGUGUUUGAUCCCGAAGUUAUUAGGCCUCGAUCACUUGUUGAUGGGAUCCAGCUUGGGAGUAAAGGGAAAUUUAGGUUGAAUGUUAGGAACCCUUAUGCCAGAAUGGCUUCUACAGAUGGUGCCGAGAGCUCAGCUAUGUUUCGGCUUUUCACUUCCAGCCUGUUUCUUAGUGUUCCUCUCUUCUUCAUGGGGGUAGUUUGUCCUCACAUACCAUUCAUAUACUCCUUAUUACUCAGGAGAUGUGGACCGUUCCUCAUGGGUGAUUGGUUGAAAUGGGCAUUGGUGAGUGUCAUCCAAUUUGUGAUUGGAAGGCGCUUCUACAUUGCAGCGGGCAGGGCUCUUAGGAAUGGUUCAACAAACAUGGAUGUCCUGGUUGCUUUAGGAACUACAGCCUCUUAUGUUUAUUCUGUUUGUGCUCUUCUGUAUGGUGCUGUUACUGGAUUUUGGUCUCCAACAUACUUUGAAACAAGUGCUAUGCUCAUAACAUUUGUAUUGUUGGGCAAGUAUUUGGAAUGCCUUGCCAAGGGAAAGACAUCUGAUGCCAUUAAGAAGUUAGUGGAACUUGCUCCUGCAACUGCUUUAUUGAUUGUAAAAGAUAAAGGUGGUAAAUUAAUUGAGGAAAGGGAAAUAGACUCCUUACUCAUUGAACCUGGUGAUACAUUAAAAGUUCUUCCUGGUACAAAGAUUCCCGCUGAUGGUAUUGUUAAGUGGGGAUCAAGUUAUGUAAAUGAGAGCAUGGUGACUGGUGAAUCUGUACCUGUUUUGAAAGAGCUCAAUGCAUCAGUUAUUGGAGGUACAAUCAAUUCACAUGGUGUCCUGCACAUUCAAGCAACUAAAGUAGGAUCCGAUACAGUUUUGAGUCAGAUAAUUAGUUUGGUGGAGACAGCCCAGAUGUCCAAAGCUCCCAUUCAGAAGUUUGCUGAUUAUGUAGCAAGCAUAUUUGUUCCUACUGUUGUGGCUUUGUCAUUAUUGACAUUCCUGUGUUGGUAUACUGCUGGGGCUCUUGAAGCUUACCCAAAAGAAUGGCUACCAGAAAAUGGAAAUCAUUUCGUUUUUGCUCUCAUGUUUUCGAUAUCUGUUGUGGUGAUUGCAUGCCCCUGUGCCCUUGGUUUGGCAACACCAACUGCUGUCAUGGUGGCAACAGGGGUUGGGGCUAACAAUGGUGUGUUAAUUAAAGGAGGAGAUGCCUUGGAAAGGGCUCAGAUGGUGAAGUAUGUUAUAUUUGAUAAGACAGGCACUCUAACUCAAGGGAAAGCCACUGUUACUACUGUCAAGGUGUUCACAGGAAUGGAGCGAGGAGAAUUUCUUACACUGGUGGCUUCUGCUGAGGCUAGCAGUGAACACCCAUUGGGAAAAGCAAUAUUACAAUAUGCACGCCAUUUUCAUUUCUUUGAUGAGUCCUCUACUACCAAUGGUACUCUGAAUGAUGCGAAGGAAUUAAGUUCUGGGUGGCUUCAUGAUGUAUCAGAUUUCUCUGCUCUCCCAGGAAGAGGUGUCCAGUGCUUUAUAGAUGGGAAGCGCAUUUUGGUUGGUAACAGAAAGCUGCUGUCAGAAAAUGGUAUAGAUAUUUCCACUGAAGUGGAAAAUUUUGUGGUAGAGCUUGAAGAAAGUGCAAAGACAGGAAUACUGGUAGCAUAUGAUGACGUUCUAACUGGAGUGUUGGGUGUUGCAGACCCACUAAAGAGAGAAGCUUCUGUUGUUAUAGAUGGCCUCCAUAAAAUGGGAGUCAUACCUGUUAUGGUUACAGGAGACAAUUGGAGAACAGCUCGAGCUGUUGCAAAGGAGCUUGGAAUUCAAGAUGUGAGGGCAGAGGUUAUGCCGGCAGGAAAGGCGGAUGUUGUUCGAUCCUUUCAAAAGGAUGGGAGCGUAGUAGCAAUGGUGGGUGAUGGCAUCAAUGACUCUCCUGCAUUAGCCGCUGCAGAUGUUGGUAUGGCAAUUGGAGCUGGGACUGAUAUUGCAAUAGAAGCCGCUGACUAUGUGCUGAUGAGAUAUAACUUGGAAGAUGUGAUCACAGCCAUUGAUCUUUCUAGGAAGACAUUUUCUCGUAUUCGAUUGAACUAUGUAUUUGCCAUGGCUUACAAUGUUAUUGCAAUACCAGUUGCUGCGGGAGUGUUUUUCCCUUCUCUGGGGAUCCAGCUGCCACCGUGGGUUGCUGGUGCAUGCAUGGCUCUCUCCUCUGUAAGUGUUGUAUGCUCUUCUUUGCUUUUGAGAAGAUAUAGAAAACCCAGACUUACCGCAAUACUUGAAAUAGUUGUAGAAUAAUUAUAAAUAAUACGUAGAUUUAGAGGGUACAAAUGAGUUUGACCCUUAUAGUAUUCCAAUUUUGUGAAUAAUCAAUCUUCUUCUGGGUAAAUUGUAAUUGUAAUUGUAAUUGUAAUUGUAGUUGCCAGUUCAUUG